GAUUGGAUACAAAUCUCAUUCUUAUCAUCCCUAACCUUCUCUUGUUUCUUUGAAGACAAGAAAGAUACCCUGAAUCUUCUUGUCUGCCUAAGAGCAGAAAUGCUGUUUACAAGGAUGAUGCUUUUACUUCUUCUCUGCAUAGGAUUACUAUCAAACCACAGAUAUAAUGUCUCAGCCUUGAGAAACAAAGAGUUUUUCCACAGACAAUCACAAGGAGACAGAGCUGGAGUUCAUCCAGGUGAAAUUGCUAAGCUAAGGGGCAUCAAUAGGCACAACUGUGAAGGUCAAGUAAUGCUCAUUGGAAACCAGCGCUUACUUGAGGAGGUUAACAAGAAUGAAGUUAAGCCUGGGAAGACACAAGAACAAACGAAUAUGACAAAGAAGUCCUUCCAAUCAAGCAAGAGACGGGUAAGACGAGGAUCCGAUCCUAUCCACAACAAAUCCGAGCCAUUUUCUUGAGUGGCACAACGACAAUCAACUACAGAACAAGGCAAAAUUCUAUAGAAAAUAAAGGGAAGAAAAAAAGGCUCAACAAUCAACCUUAUCAAGCUGGAGGUAGGUUAGUUGGUAUGCAUAACAGCACUGCCUGUUCAGAUACACAUGGAGAAUAUAUAUUUUGUUCUUCAAAAUAUUUCUUGGACUAAGUCUUCUUCACUCUUUUGUUUGCAUUAGUUCUUCUAAGUUUUGUUCUUUUCUGCAUUGAUCC